GUAUUCAAGGAUUUAUUUGAUGAUCCAAAUAAAAGAUUCUUUCUGUACGAAGAAGUCCAAAUUAGGGACUUACAACAUAAAAAUGUUCUCAAGUACUAUGGAGUAGCCAGAAUAAGCGAUUCUCAUUCAUCCAACAAGUACAACUUUAUAUUCGUGAUGGAAGCAGCCACAAACAAUCUACGAAAUGUCGUUUUAAAAGACAGAAAUGAGACACCUGCAGAAUCUGAAAACUGCAAACAAGCAAUUGACAAGUUCAUUAAGAGGGCGAUGGACAUAGCAGCUGGUCUAAACUACAUUCACGAGAGAGGACUUAUCCACAGACAUCUCAAGCUGGAAAAUAUUUUGGAAGGCGAGGAUGGGACGGUGUUGAUAUCAGAUGUUGGGAUUGUCGGUCAAUUUCUGGAAACUGAGAAAAGCAUAACUUAUCUUGCACCUGAGGUACUCGAAGACCUCACGAAUCGUACCAAGGAAGCAGAUAUGUACAGUUAUGGUAUUGUGUUGUGGGAGAUGUGGUAUGGCGCCCAGGCGUUCACAGAACUUAUGCCUAUCAAAAGAGACCGUUUCCAAGUACAAAUUGCUGGUGGGCAUCGUCCAAAGCGGGACCACACAACGAUCAACAUUCCACUAAUACAUGCUUUAAUGAAGAAGUGCUGGGACACUGAGGUAAAAGAAAGGCAUUCCUCCAAAGAAUGCUACGAAAAGUUACAGGGAUUAAAUGACGAAACAAAUGCGACCGACACUAAACAUUUAAUAUAAUCUCCUAGUAUUGAAACUGACUUACGUAAUUACAAAAUUCAACGGAUGCAUGCAAAAAGUAAGAAUUAGGAACUAGUACCUAUAAUAACCUUUAUUAUACACACAAGCGCCAGAUAUGAGGUAUGCUGCAAUUUCAUUUGUUGGCUACUAGACAGAUAUUAGCUCAUAUCUGUCUGGUAGUGAAAGUAAACAAAUUGGCUGAAAGAUUUUGGGAGUUGAGUGAAACAGAAAUCCAAGAUUUAGUUGAUAAUAGCGCACCAAAAUACACCGACAGGGCGACAAAGUUUGUGUAUAUAAUAAAACAGUUAUUCUGCUCACAAUCAGCUCAUAUACGACUCGAGUUCGCAGAAUAACUGUUAAAUAUUGCACAUAAUUAUUAUCUAACUACGAUUCGCACAGGGAAACCUAUUAGCUUCAAGUCUGAACCGCUAAAACAAGGCUUAUUAAGUCUUCUCCAACUUUUAAUAAAAAUAUGUAAAAAUAUUUUUGUAGAAGAAAUAAAAA